UUAAAAAUCUCCUACAAGCGCGACUGCGUUUUUUUCUACAAGGCAACAAUUUGCCAAUCACAUGCACGUUGACCUCCUCAAUUUUACGCAGUUGUAAAAAGAAGCCAUGAAGUGUUAAAUGUUUGAAAUCUUCACGCGCCGACAUUCGCGUGCCGAGACGGAACGGGAGAGACGCACGCGCUUCUCUAAUGCGUCUGUGCGAGAGACUCUGUGAACUGAGAGUGAGAGAGAGAGAGAAAACAUUAAUUUAAAAAAUAAAUCACCGUCGCAAAGUCGAAAACCUUUUCUUGGUUCUGAAGAAAUAAAUAAAGAAAUCAAGCUGGCUCUCACUGUUUCGAACCCGACCAGUUUGACAGCUGCUCUUCACCCCCUUUGGAGGACUGUCAACAGCAAAAGGAUGGCAUCAGAACUGGCAAUGAGCAACUCCGACCUGCCCACCAGUCCCCUGGCCAUGGAAUAUGUUAAUGACUUCGAUCUGAUGAAGUUUGAAGUGAAAAAGGAGCCGGUGGAGCCCGAUCGCAGCAUCAGCCAGUGCAGCCGCCUGAUCGCCGGGGGAUCCCUGUCUUCCACCCCGAUGAGCACGCCUUGCAGCUCAGUUCCCCCUUCCCCAAGCUUCUCUGCGCCCAGUCCGGGGUCCGGGAGCGAGCAGAAGGCACACCUGGAGGAUUUCUACUGGAUGACCGGUUAUCAACAGCAGCUGAACCCGGAGGCUUUGGGUUUCAGCCCCGAAGACGCCGUGGAGGCGCUCAUCAACAGCAGUCACCAGCUUCAAACCUUCGACGGCUAUGCUAGAGGGCAGCAAUUUACCGGUGCAGCCGGAGCAGGAGGCACCAUGGCCGGGGAGGAGAUGGGAUCAGCAGCCGCGGUGGUUUCCGCCGUUAUUGCGGCUGCUGCCGCACAGAACGGGGGACCUCAUCACCACCACCACCAUCACCACCACCCCGCGGGACAUCAUCAAACUACCGGAAUCCAAACCAACGGCAACUCGGGAGGAAAUCAUCAACAUAUGCGGCUAGAUGAUAGAUUUUCGGACGAACAGCUGGUGACUAUGUCAGUACGAGAGCUCAAUCGGCAGCUACGGGGUGUCAGUAAGGAAGAAGUGAUCCGGCUCAAACAGAAGAGACGGACCCUGAAGAACAGAGGCUAUGCCCAGUCCUGUCGUUUCAAGCGGGUCCAGCAGCGGCACGUCCUAGAGGGAGAGAAGACCCAGCUCAUCCAGCAAGUGGACCACCUCAAACAAGAGAUCUCCAGGCUUGUCCGGGAGAGGGACGCCUACAAGGAGAAAUACGAAAAGCUUAUCAGCAAUGGCUUCAGAGAAAACGGGUCCAGCAGUGACAACAACCCCUCUUCUCCGGAGUUUUUCAUUAGACAAAAGGAAAGACAGCGACUGCCAUUCAACCCCAUUCUGACCCCACUCUUCACAAGUUGUGUCUCCUCUUGAGCCACAGAACUUUAUUUAUUGGAUUGCAUACAUUGUUGUAAAGAGACAAUAUAUGUCAUUUUUCACCCAUGCAUGCUGGCCAUGUGCGGUAUCUUCCUUUUUGUAUUCAAAUAAACUUCCAUGGAUGAAUUCGGCAUGACAUCCAUAUCAUUUUUUUAUGACAUUCACACUUUUUUGGGAUCUGCAAAAAAGUGUGUUACAUCCUCUCCCAUUUCUUCACCAGACUUCAUCCUCUCGCACUGUGAGAGCAACCAUUUUGUACAAAGUUGUUUGACUUCAGUGACGUUAUGUGGCCCAGAAGAACUGGAUCUCGCGAAAGGAUUAUGGUUCAAAUGGAUGAAAAUAAUUCUGAAGACACAUUUAUUUGAUUACCCCUCCAUAUUGAGUACAUUUACUGUGAACCUGAAAUUAUUCUUGUCAAAAAAGUAAACAUUUUCGGCAAUUGCGCUUCCCAUGUUCUUAUGGAAAACAGGCUUUGGUCGAUACUGUGUUUGGUCCUGUACUGCCUAUUGAUUUUUGUUAUGGUACAUGAACUAAAUGGCUCUUCUAUUUGAGGCGAUUGUAAUAUUUCACUUGUACAGUAACUAAGAUUGUGUUAUAUAAAUAAGGUGCUGCGCUCCUUCAGCGUCUCGUCCCAUGUGCAAAAAUGCGGAACAAUCCUGAUGUCCAUAUGAAGCCAGAUUUGUACCAUUUCGAGCCAAGUGCCAUUCGACAGAGAUACGUGUGUUACAAUUUUCUGGAGUUUUACUCAAGCACUACCAGUGAAUCUGGGAUGUAUGGAACAUUUGGAUACCUGUAUCAUCUCACUGUAGAUAUGUCUUUUACAUUUCCAUCAGUUGUCAUCACUCAUAUCACUGAACAAUUGGCAUUACCUUUACUAACACUGAAUCAUGGACAUAAAUUCGAUCAGUACUGAUACACUGGCUGUACAAAUUGAAAUGACUA